AUGAGGUUUAAGGUUGGUCUGGAAAGUUGCAGUGAAGUUAACGAAGUGAUGAAACUUGGGGCCACUGAUGACUAUAUUCAUGAACCGAAGAAAGUGGUGAGAGCUUCCUCGAGCAAGAGUAAGGGAGCUGAAAAUCCUGUAUCGCCGCAGGAUUCUAUUUUAUUAACUUAUUUUUUCGCUUUUAUGGCGACUGUCUUUGUAACUAUUGUUUUGUACACUAGUAUUCUGAAAGGCUUAUAUGUUUCAGGGUAUGUUUUUUGGAGUGAGGAUCAAAAAAAGGAAGCUCGCCGUGCCAACGUGAAGGAAUACAUCAGAAGUCGGCAACAGUUACAAAAUAUGGAGACGUAUUUGGAGCAGCAAAAAAGAUAUGAAGAGCACGUUAAAAAGAGUACGGAAGUAUAA